AUGUUUCGCCUUCACCGAUUGGUCCUCGGCCUCCUGCUGCUACACCUGGUCGCCGUGGUCACCGCCCACUGUUCUUGGGCGGAGAGGGAAGCCAGCCAGGUUCUGACCCGACAGAGACGGACCAACAGCGUUUUCGAGGAGUUUAAAAAGGGCAACAUGGAGGGGAGCAUCGAGGAGCGCUGCAGCUGGGAGGAGGCGCGGGAGAUCUUCGAGGAUGUCGAUAAAACUAACGACUUCUGGGCCAAAUAUGUCGAUGGAGACGCGUGUCUGUCCCAUCCCUGCGCUCAUCAAGGACUUUGCAAAGACGGGAUCGGGACCUACAGCUGCUACUGCCAGGCCGGCUACCAGGGCUUCAACUGUGAGAUCGUGAUUCCCGAGCUGUGUGAGAACAGAAACGGAGGCUGCGAACACUUCUGCAGCGUGGCCCGAGGGAACGUGGAGUGCUCCUGUGCUGCCGGAUACUUCCUGGCAUCGGACGACAAGUCCUGUGAAUCCAACGACCCUUCAAAUGGUCCCCAUCAUCACUGUAUCCGAAGUCUUUUCAGGUCGAGCGUCCGAACACAACAGAGGCCAACGCCAACGAGUCCAACCGGACGCACACAAAGCAGGACACAAACUCGCCGGACACAUCCUAUACCACUGAGAACAGCACGAGUCAGAUUGGGCCAAAUCACACCGCUUUUAGAGGACCUGCUCACGUCUGAAAGGGCGAGCUGGAACCGAAUCGUCAACGGAGAGGACUGUCCACCAGGAGAAUGUCCAUGGCAGGCUCUCCUGAUGAACGAGCACGGCGUAGGUUUCUGCGGAGGAACGAUCCUCAACCAUUACAUCAUCCUGACGGCCGCCCACUGCAUGAACGAAUCACGCUACAUCUCCGUUAGGCUCGGUGAGUUUGACACGUUGGUGGUCCACGGUAAUGAAGCUACACACGAGGUCCAGACCAUCAUCGCCCACAGAGGGUACCGGCCCGACACGUACCACAACGACAUCGCACUCAUCAAACUGGCCACGCCCAUCACCUUCUCGUACAUCCUCCCGGCCUGCAUACCCAAGCAAGAUUUUGCCGAAAAGGUGUUGAUGCGGGAGCCUGACGGCAUGGUCAGCGGUUUCGGCCGCGUCGGCGAGGGCCGCCAGCCGUCCACCAUCUUGCAGCGCCUCGCCAUGCCGUACGUGGACCGGCUAACGUGCAUCGAGUCCACCCAGCUGAAAGUCUCCAACCGCAUGUUCUGCGCCGGCUACGACACGGUUGCCAAGGACGCCUGCCAGGGAGACAGCGGCGGGCCGCACGUCACGCGGUACCGCAACACCUACUUCAUCACCGGCAUCGUGAGCUGGGGCGAAGGCUGCGCACGCAAAGGCAAGUACGGCGUCUACACGCAGGUUUCCAAGUACAUCGCCUGGAUCCACGACGGCAUCGAGAAGCUGAUGGCCAAAGAGAAAAGCGGGGCCCGGGCCAAGAGGCACAGCGGCGCCGGGAUCGAGAGGCUGGCUCUGUAACACCGCGCUCCAUGGGUCAACGCUAAAGUCCACCGGGCAGACGUCAGAAAACCCUUUAAGUCUACUCAUGUAAUCAUUGGUUUUAUGUAGGGUUGAAAUAAACUUUUAAUUCACCCAUUUACAUGUGGAGAUAAUGCUGGCUCUAUACACGCUAAAAGUCCUUAUUAUUUACA